UCUUACAGGCGCGCUGAUCCCACCGUCACAAAGUCAGUCCUCGACCUGCUCCAAACACGCAUCUAAUUCUAAAGCGGAGAGCUGAUGGAGGCUGCGGUUGUGAGAGCCAAGCUGGUCCGGGAGGUGGACUUGAACAGCAACCUGAUGAGCAGCGACGUGCAGGUGAGGAGGCUCCAGGAGCUCGUACUCAGGCUGGAGUUCCACAACGAGCAGCUCCGGACGCGGGCAGGCGCCGGGGGUCGCUGCCCCUGUGCGGCGUCUUCCUGCCGGUUGGCCUCCCUGGCGGCACCGCAAGGGGACCAUGACGGAUGUGUGCCGCCCGGCCUCGACGAGGUGGAGCUUUUGGACUUGGAUGUUCUUGGACCCCGAGAUGAUGAAACAUGGUUGUACGUGUCGCCCAAAGAGUCAGAAAUGAAGAGCUCCAUAACGCCGCUGCAGUGGUGUCGGCACGUGCUGAACUCUCCAGAAUGGGAGGUGAUAAGGCGUUCACUGUGCCUCAGGCUGAAGUCAGCAUCCACGGCUUCCUGCUGGCGCAGAACACUAUCCAGCCCCUGCCCCGCCUCUCCCCCUCCACCUCUGGGCAGAGUUGCAGGCGUAUCCCCCAUUGGCACGCCCUGCUCACCCCUUAGGUCAUCUGAGUUGCAAGCGUCUUCACCGCGCCGUCGUCAGAGUCCCGUCGGCAAGACAAGGACUCCCACCUUCAUCCCCCACCUCACCCGAGGUAACAGCCUGCAGAGCCGCAGCCCUCGUCCACGCAUGGACUCUGACCCCUUCCCUCCGAGGAUAGAGGACGACGACUCGGUCACUCACAGCUACAAACUGCUGGACAUAACCGACGUGCGGGUGGUGGCACGGCUGCAAGAGGAGAGACUCAGGCAGGACUACGCCAGUGCGUCGUUCACACUGGCCAACCGACGCAGCCAGAGCGCCACCUUCCCACUCAGCGUUCGCCCCGACCCGGAGGAGGAGGGAGACGACGAAGAUUUCGGUCCCCUGCCGCCUCAUCUCAGCGUCUCCCCGCUGUCGCACGGCCGCAUCUUCUCCAGCGCCCGAGACUGGCAAAGAAGCAGCAGCUUGCGGUCCACCCCUCCUUCCGUCCCGCCUCGCCUGGCCGCAGGGUUCAUCUACCAAACGCCGCCGUCUUCCAGUCCGGGAGCAGAUAAGAUGCGGGGGAGCUUACCUAACCUCGCCGGCGCUCCAAGUAAUCCCCGAGUUCCCAGCGCCUCCUCGCUUCGUAACAGCCAGAGCUUUGACUCUCCCGAGGGCUUGACUGGCCUGCAGUCUAACACAGCAUCCCCCAGCCUAAUGCACGCCAGGGCCCAGAGUGCGUCCCCGUCGUCACAGCAACAACCAAAGGCCACCGCCUACGUCAGCCCCACCAUCAAGGGCUCGGCCUCCGUGCCGACCUCGCUGUCGUCGGGCGGCGGCGGCAGCGGGAUCCCCACGCUACGUAAAUCGUCGUCCUUCUGUGUGUCGGCAUCACUCCGCAGCAUCCUGUCCCCGCCUGCUUACCCCGGAAGCCACACCCCUGCUGGCAAAGUGGUCCAAUCAGCAUGCAGUUUACUAACCCCUCCAAAGAGCUUGUCGGCCUUCAGCAACGUCCGCGACCGCGCGUGGAGGGACAGCCGCUACUGACGGAAAUUGAAAGUGCCGACCAAACAUUUAAUGACGACUGAUUCAGGUCUGUGCCAAAGGGGUGUCUGUCGUCCUUGCGGCUUUUUGUGCAAGGAAACACACUUUUAAAUAACUAUUUAUAGAUUUAUAAUAAAGAGCAAAGACUAUAAGUUUUCCCCUUUUAGGAAUAUGUGCCAAUAAUGCUGCUAAAAGCAAAAGUCUGCGUGGGCACUUUAACAUGUUGUAUGAGUCAGGUUUAAAUGUAAAAUGUAACUUAUUUGACUUGUUUCACCGUUAAACACUUUAAUGUUGCACGUUAAACACAACCAACACCUCGUCUUGUCUGUUUGCUAAAGUUUACACUUGAAACGUCACAGUCACGCAAUUUGUUUACCGUUAAUGCACACUUGUUUCUAUGAUUGACUUGCUGUUUGAAAAUGAUGCAUUUAUUAAAAUGAUUCUGUUCAAUUUUAUUUAUUUAUUUAUUUUUUUUACGAGGUGAAUAAUAAAA